UUGCCCUUCCAGAUUGUGUUGGACUUCAGCUUUGGCAAUCUUCAACAAGACCAGCAGGAUGGGAGCUGGAGUCCCAAUGGAAUCGGAAGGCAAUCCAUUGUAGCUUUGAACUGCUAUGCCUUGCUGGCUGAUCUGGAAUCUACUACCUCCCAUAUCUCCAAACGGCCGGUGUUUCUGACGGAGGAAACCUCAUAUUCGUAUCCAACUGGAAAUCACACCUACCAAGAAGUCGCUGUCCCUCCGCCGGUACCCCCUCCGCCUUCCACCGAGGCCUUGAAUGGGACUGUCAGCCUCUCUUUAGACCAAUGGCACCCCGUCCUUCCGAGAAAUGCUCCCCAACAGCCACAGCCUCAGUCUCCUUUGUAUAGUUCCAGUGCCUCUGUAUCCAGGGAGUGUACUGCCUCUCCUUCGCGUGCCAGCGAUGAAGAGCACGUCUACAGUUUCCCCAACAAACAGAAGUCUGAGGAACCUUCUCCUACCCUGAUGAGCUCCUCCUUAGGCAACAACCUGUCCGAACUGGACCGGCUCCUCCUGGAAUUGAACGCUGUCCAGCACAACCCCUCACCUGGCAGCCCCACAGAUGAGAACGCGGGAAGCCCCUCGCGGCCCGGUGGGACUGGCUCCCCCUACAGCCUCCUGGAGAACACUACCUCUGCGGCUGCACAGCCCCCAGCCCCAGGGAAAGAAAAGCCCAAGUGGAACGGGGGCUCCGGGGUGGAAGACAUCUGCCCCAGCGUGGAGAGCCUUCUGGAUGAACUGGAGAGCUCCGUGCCCAGCCCUGUGUGAGUAGCCCCACUGGUU